UCGACUCCAUCUGGAUGAAUUACUUCACCCUUCGCCUUCAGACAAAUGUAGUCGAUGCUGAGUGAGUGCAAGGAUAAACCAAACUUGUGAUCAUGCUGGCUGUCAAGAGGGUUAUGUGCUAUAAAGAAUGCGCAUUCAGUCGAUAUACUGCAAUAACAAGCAUAAUCUGUAAAUCGACAGCACAACCUGAGACACAGCGCUUGUCCUGGUCUGUUAUGCUUAAAGAAAGAAGCAUUCACAGUUCAACCCGUCUUUCUGGAGGCAAUAAAUUGAUGAAGAUGCUGACCAAAAAGAAGAAAAAACAGUGGUAUGAAUCUCCUCUACAGGCCACAGCUAUUGGUCAGCCUGGCUUUCUGAAACCAUCAAAGCGAAAUAAAGAGGACAGUGUUCGUGUGAGGACUCUGAACAACAUCAUCUACAAAGCAGCGACAGACUUGCUGAGCUCCUAUGAGGUCAACUCAGAGAUCAGUGCCUACAAUGUACAGAUUUCAAAAGUUUCAAUACCACCAGAUUUCUCUGCAUGUCGAAUAUACUGGAAGACAAGUCUGUCGGCUGAGCAAGACAGCCAUAUUCAGCUGGCUUUAGACAAAUGUGCUCCUCGCAUACGGCAUCUUCUCAUCUCUCACCAAAUCCUUGGUAGUGUUCCUCCUGUGGUUUUCAUCAGAGAUAAACAAUAUGCUGCUGUCACUGAGAUUGAAAACCUUCUCAAGAAAGCAGAUUUUGGUCCAGAUGAAAAUAAUACACAUUUAUCCAUCAGUGAUAUUGGGGCCAAAUUGCAGCCGAUAGAAUCUGGAGACAAGAAAAGACCCGUUUUGUUUGGCAUCGAUCACGACGCUCUGCACAAACAGAUCGAAGCCUAUAAACGAGAGAAGGGGGCGAGAGACUCUCUCACACAGAGUCCUGCUGCAGGAGGACUAACACAAGAGCAGCUGGACACACUAGCAGAUAUUAGGAAGCAGAAACUCAUAGAGAAAAAGAAACAGAAAUCUAAACGGAUGAAGGAUGAUGACAUCACUCCUAAGGAUUUCCUUUUGUCUAGAAGCCUUCAAAAAGAGGAGCAGGACAGUGAUGAGGAUAGCCUGGUGGAUAGCCAGCUCUCAGAGCUGAUGGAAGAGGACGACAGGAGACACUGAAAUCAGAUCUUUUGGUCUCUUGCAAUGUUAUGCUGUUUAGUGUGGUCUGUAAAAUAAAAAUCUUCAAGCUUUGGAAAAAGUAAACAUGUAUAUUUUGACAGGU